AUGUCUCUCAUCGCACGCUUCAAUCCGAUCAAUGUCCAAUGCCGAGGAUUCAGCGGGACUGCCAACGCGCUAGCUAAAUCGACCAAACAACGUCUUAAGUUUGAGCACAGCGCCGUGCCGCCUUAUCCCUACGGACCAUCUCAGAUUUACAAGCAGUCCAACUUUGGACUUUAUGGCACUCAAAAGAUUCGCUUUGGAAACAUGGUGUCAGAGCGCAAUGAGAUAAAAACUCGGCGCCACUGGCGGCCAAACGUGCAUCAGAAAGAGCUCUACAGUGCGAGUCUAGAGAAAAAUAUAAAGAUUCGUAUCACUACACGCGUACUACGGACAGUUAGAAAGGUUGGCGGCCUUGAUGAGUAUCUGCUGGGCGAGAAGGCGGCGCGCAUCAAAGAACUUGGCAUGGGUGGCUGGAAACUCCGCUGGCGAAUAAUGCAGACCCCGACAGUCCGCGAUCGAUAUAAUAAACAGCGCAAGGAACUUGGGCUACCACUCGUAGGUCUGCCGCCCGGCGCGACAGACGAGCUUCCCGAAAAUGGGCAAGUGAUAGCUGAAGAAAUCAAAACGAUAGACGAACAAUUAGUGCAGGGCACUACAAUAAAUAUGGGUCAGGAGGAAGACUUAUGUGAACCUGAGCAUCCUACUGCAACUCCAAGCCCCCUCUGA